AUACUCCCGAAUUACGGUAUCUUAAGACCUAGAACCUUAAUUUACAUAGCCCGUGAAUUACAGGCUAGCCUAGCUCAAAACUCACUAAGUAAUCCAGAUUACCUAAUUAUAGACUUAAGUCUAGGUAUACUAAAAAUACAGCUAAUUAAUUUCUAUAAUACAAUUCACCCAGAAGACCCUAAUACCAGCCCUAUUGGGCUACUUCUAAGGAGAAAAGAGACUCAGGCCUCUAGUAAGCCGGAUUUCCUCAAACCUCAAAGCAGUUAUAUAGUUUAUUUAAUUAGCUAUAUAGAGAACCAUUCUCUAAGACUAUUAAAUAAACCAGGGAAAGGUACCUUCUAUAGGCCUAAUAUAUCCACUCCUUCUAUAUUAGACUUAAGUUUUGCUACUAGUGGAAUAAUAACUAAGAUUAAAGACUGGCAAGUGCUACCAGACUUAGGUUCUAAUUACUUUGGGGUACUAUUUACUAUUAGUAAGUCGACUUAUAGCUCUAGUUCUAAUCCAGUCAGAUUUAAUACUAAGAAAGCGGACUGGGCUAAAUUUACAAGCUACCUUAUUAAUAGCCUUAAGAAUAUGCCCUUUCCAUUUACUAGUAUACCUGGAAACUAUAAACUAGACCUAUUAGCAGAAGACUUUACUAAUAGAAUAGUAGAAGUAGCUAGUAAUAGUAUUCCAAAAUCUACUACUAGUCCGUAUUCUAAACCCUAG